AUGUAUCUCGCAGCAAACAAAAUAGCUAAUGGUUCUGUUUACCGGGAGGUUCGUCAAGGUCUCGUUGAUAUGAACGCUAUGUUUUCACUUCUGAAUCUGAAAUCGCAGAUAAAGGAGAAGCCCAACGCAAAAGUGCUCACUGUCCACGGAAAUGACAUAAGCGUUCAGAUAAAAGAUGUUCAUUUCGGAUACUUACCUGGAAAACCCAUCCUCAAUGGUCUCAGCAUGGAAAUCCCUGCGGGCAAAAAGGUCGCAAUAGUAGGAGGCUCUGGUUCGGGAAAAUCGACACUUGUACGUUUAUUGUAUCGGCUGUAUGACGCUGAAAAGGGCACAAUCACUAUAAAUGGCGAAGAUAUUCAUGAUCUUACGCUCGAAUCUCUUAGAAAAGUGAUUUCAGUUGUACCACAGGAUUCCGUUUUGUUCCACGACACAAUCUUCUACAAUCUGGCUUACGGAAACCCCAAGGCCUCCACUGAAGAGGUUUACCAAGCUGCCAAACUGGCUGACCUUCACUAUUCUGUUGAAAGCAUGCCGAAUGGAUAUAGUACCAUUGUUGGUGAACGAGGACUGAAAUUAUCUGGAGGGGAAAAGCAGCGAGUAGCGAUUGCAAGAGCGAUUCUGAAGGUACUGUCUCUGAUCAUACUGAUGCUCCCUCUCGUUUUACGCCGAGCUACGUCGUCAUUGGAUGCUAUCACAGAGGCUAACAUUAUGAGAUCAUUGAAAGAGGCAAUUCAGAAGAGAACCUCUCUAUUCAUCGCUCAUCGAUUAGCUACCAUAUAUGAUGCCGAUAUAAUUUACGUAUUGGACCGAGGCCAAGUCAAAGAGUUCGGUUCGCAUGAUGAACUUAUGCGACGUGACGGGUUGUUUGCCCUUGUUGAUGCUCGCCCAUCUCGUCCAGUAACCCGUUUAGAAUCUUCACUUUGCCGUGUGAUAAACAGAGAAUAUAUAUACAUGCAUAUUUCCCCUCGCUGUUUUAAACCGCAAAUAAAUGUUGAAAGUCAUUCAGGAUCUUAUACUUCUGUUCUGUCUUUCGCAGUACCUAUCUCAGUCCAGAUCAGCAUGUCGGGCUGCCUGGACCAAAUCAGCUGCAAUUGCAACAUUGACUUAGAUGGUAAGAGAAAUGCUAUCGCCUCAGUUACAGCUGCUACCCUAUUCUCUGUUGCUUGGUGGAUCAUGAUUGAUACCUCUGCUGUUUACGGAAAG